AUGCCUGCCCCUAUGGUAUACGUCGCCGUCGGUGUCUGCACCGUCGCUGCUGCUCUGGCCUUCAAGGAGUUUGUGUACGACCCGCACCUUCGCCCCAAGUUACAGGAGUUCCUAGAAGAGCGCAGGCAGCGUCGUCGGUAUAGACAGCAGCAUCAGCCUAUGGCUCAGCGCAGGCGUCGUGAUGACUCGUCCACUUUGUCUGACGACGACGCCGACGACAAUGUCCCCCUGGCUUUCCGCAAUUCGAUCCCCCUCGGAUCCCCACACGGCGGAAUAGAACUCGAGAGCCUUGUGGCACAGGAGGUAGAUGCAUGGCGCAACGGUGUCGAAGUUCGUCCAGAGACGAGCGGACUACGACAACGUACUGUGCGCGGUAUGGACUCGAGCUCGACGUUCUUGCCCCCAGUACACCUAAUGGACCAGCACGAUUAUUCGAGAGUAUCCACACCGCCUAUGCAACCCACCCGUGCCUCCGACGUGCUGUUCGACUUGGGCGAUGCACCAGAGUUCCGGCCGGAGACCCCCACGCUUGCGUCCAUAUCCAGUCCCACGUUCAGCCCUCCUGCCGGUGCAUCUCGCUCGUCUACACCCAAUAGUGACUUGCUGAGCAAUUCUAUGCUCGCCGCUGCGGACGCGGCCUACUUUACGCCGGGAUCAGCUUCCACUGUAUCGGGUUCUCCAGCGCGCUCGCCGCCCACAGUCGCCGGUGCUCUCUCUCCCCGCGACGGCGUCAUGUCGCCGUUCUCGGACUUGCUGUCACCAACGAGCGAAUUCGCCGAACUCAGCGAUGCACGCCUGAGUGACAGCGACGAGGAUAUGUUCACCGUCCCGAGCCACGUACCUACGGAUUUGGAAGACGAGGACGGCCACUCGUCGGACGAGUUUGACAGGAUAUCUGAGGCCUCAAGCUGGGCGCACGCCGAAUCGCACUAG